AUGACCUCGGCACUCAGCGGCGUCGUGACGAAGGCCGCUCUUUUCGUGCGGCCGUCGUACGCCAAUGAGCGGGAGGUGCUGUCCAUGACAAAGUACAAACUGCACGACGCCGGCUUCAUCAUCGUUCGCGAGGAGUACCGCCGCGUCAACGACGAGCUGGCCGACACCAUCGCCGUGCAGCUCGACCGGGCCGCGUUCCUCAGCGGCAGCGAGCCGCCGGCGGGGAUUGAGAGCUCCGUGAGUGCCCACCGCAUCUUCACGCACGCCCACGCCACGGCCGUGCCUACUGGCCCGCAGGAGCUCGUCGGCCACGCCUAUCUGUACGUGCUGGCGCACCGCGACUGCCACACGGAGCUGCUACGCUUCCUUGACCGCCUCUUCGCGGACGAGGAUUACACAUCGUUGCUGAUCUCGCUGCAGGAAAAGGCUGCACGCGAGGGAGGCGGCGGUGCGGGUGCACAACAACAAGAGCAGCACCAGGGAUCAGGGCUUCAGUGCCCCCUGUUUUGCAAUGCCACAGCAGUCGGGGCGAAGCAGGUGGUUCAAUUGCUCUUCCCACGCAUGUUGGUGCACGAUGUGCCGGAUGCCGCUGGUUCGCGUGAGUACGUGCAGGCGGAGCUGAAAGGCGCGCUGCUGCCUGCCCUCGUUGAGUUGUCGAAGGCCAAACCAGAAAAUCCGAUUCGGUGGCUGGCGGAGCGUCUGCUGAACACCAACACACGCGCCCCACCACUCGUCUCUGCGUCAGGUGUAGAGAAUGCGAACUGA